GGAGGAGAAAACUCCCGGACAGCUCUUGGUCCUCUCAGCUCCCUCUCGCCGUCAGUCCUAUAAGCAGUCGGGUGAAACCGGACAGAGUGCCCGGGGCCGUGGGUUUAUUUUCCCCCGGGAAUCGGAAUAGGACACCGACGAACUAUCCCAGAAGAUGUUCCUCUCUCUGCUCCUACCGGCCGUGGCUCUCUUGCUGAGCGGAGAAACGACCGUCUCCGGUGACAGUAACGACAAAUGGCUGAGCACCGUGGCUCAAUUCAACAAGGACAGAUCCUGGAACAGGUUCAGAGACGAUGACUACUUCAAGAGCUGGGCUCCUGCCAAGUCUGCCGACCAAGAGCGAGAGGCCCGACCUGGUAGAAGUGGAGACCCAGGCAGUAAAGCCCACCCUGGCUCGACCAAGAAGACAGUGAGGGAUGGCCCAGACGCCACCAAGGACCCCUGUCUGAAGGUGCGCUGUCCUCCUCACAAGGUGUGUGUCAGCCGUGACUUCCAGACGGCCAUCUGCACCAAUCACAAGCCGCCAGCUCACAGUGUGAAACCAAGAAAAGGCAGCGCAGGUCACAAGCGCAGGCUCGAAGCUGGUGCUCCUGGGAAAUGUCGGCUCUGCUCGGCCCUGCACUCAACUCCUGUGUGUGGAUCUGAUGGACACACCUACUCCUCCAAGUGUAAGUUGGAGUUCCAGAGCUGCCUCGCUGGGAAGACAAUCUCAGCCAAAUGUGAUGGGCUGUGUCCAUGCUUGCCGGGUCAGGAGCUCAUAAAUCCAAAACACAGGAGUGAGAAGACUGGAUUUCAGCAGAUGGAUGGAGAGAUUCUGGAGGAGAAAUGCAAUCUAAAAGGAAAGCAGCACAGAGAAGGAUGGAUUGUUAUCGCGUGCACUGACACAGAGCUUCACAGUCUGGCUGCCAGACUGAAGGACUGGUUCGGAGUUCUCCACCUCGACGCCAACAGAGAUCUCAAAUCGUCUGACAGCUUCGAUUCUGCCACUGGACACUUCGACACCAGCAUCUUGCCCAUCUGUAAGGACUCACUGGGCUGGAUGUUCAACAAGCUGGACAUGAACUUUGACCUCCUGCUGGACCAAUCGGAGCUGAGCGCCAUCUACCUGGACAAGUAUGAGCUGUGCAUGAAGCCCCUCUUCAACUCGUGCGACUCCUUCAAGGACGGCAAGCUGUCAAACAACGAGUGGUGUUACUGCUUCCAGAAACCUGAGGGACUGCCUUGCCAAACUGAAAAGAGCAGGAUCCAGAAUCAGAGUCGAAGGAAGAGCCUCAUAGGCUCUUAUAUUCCUCGCUGCAGCGAGGAAGGCUACUUCAAACCAACCCAGUGCCACGGCAGCACCGGCCAGUGUUGGUGUGUGGACAAAUAUGGCAACGAGAUCGCUGGCUCCAGAAAACAGGGCAACCCCAACUGCGACGAGGACCAGGAGACAUCGGGGGAUUUUGGCAGCGGCGGAGCAGUCAUCCUCCUCGAUGACCAGGAGGAGGAGCCAUCACCGAGUGUCCGGAGCCGGCAGAAGAAGAGACGGGGCCGGAUCCACCCCAGAGGCGCCAUCUGGGACGACGAGGACGAGGAAGACGACAAGGAUGACGAGGUUGGCUACGUUUGGUAGCUCCGCUUCAUUAUACUCUGCCAUCAGCCCGACCAGGAAACUCCGUUAACUCAGCACAGAUCUGAAGCCAUUCCAAUGUCUCCUCCUCUUCCUCCUGUUACCUUGGCAGCAGUCCGUCGUUUGGCUCCUGAACUUGCUCCUGUAAUGCUCAUCCCUUAUUCAAAUCUCUCUCUUCGGUGAAACUCAACCGACCUCUUCCUUUUCAAGUGUUUCCUCCGACAGCAAACAGAGAGCCUAUUCGAUUUCAUCAACAACUGUCAAGCCCCCUGUUAGAUUCUGUCCACGUUCUGUUUCCCCAAACCCGCCAUCUUUAACCUCCUCUAACAAGGACUCUUCUCUGUUCUCUCUGUAACUCCCUCUAUCUCCUUUAACCGCUUCUAUCCCUCCUUCUUCUAUCGCUGUGUGUCCAUGUCGGGGCCUCUGGUCAGUCUGUGAGCCCACAUAUAUUAGCUGAUGUAUUGGAUGUAAAUAUGUUUCCUCCAGGAAAGGCCAGAACGGGGAUUUCUUUCCCUGUUCCUCCAUCAGCAGUUCAUUCUUCACUCAUUUAUGUUCUGUGUCCCACUGUUGGGCUCCUUCAUGUGUCCAUUAACGUUUCCGCAAUUCAACGCCCCCACUCCCAGGCUCUGAGAUGCCCCCCCCACACACACACACCCCACGCCCCCCUCUCUCUCUCUCUCUCUCUCUCUCUCUCUCUGUCUCUCCCUCUCUGUUAUUUCAUGGAGGAUUGUAAAUUAUUUAAUCGUUGAUCCUGAAUGUCCAAGAAAGCCCGGGAAGCAAUGAGAUUAAUGAUGUAUUGUCGUUGUUGUUGCAUGUUCCUCAUCGUGUUUCUGUAAAAGAGAGAUUCCCUGGCCAGGUCUAGCUCUAUGCAUCUCAAACAGAAGGUGAUGCCUCUUUGGCUGCUACAAUACUUUGUUGCUAUGUCGAUGCUGUCUAGUGUCUCUUUGGUUCUUCUCCCAAUCUCAGGAGGUAGGAAGUUGCAUUGCAGAGGGAUAGCGGUGUAGAAAGGCGAACUGCAAGGCCUACAGUCCAAAAUCUGCAGCAUCUCAGCCAUCUAUACUUUUACUGAGUGGUCAGUCGGCGCUGCUGAGGAUGUUUGACUGUGCAUGGACACUAGAGGGAAAAAAAAAAAGCUGCUCCUGAGCUGGGAGGACACAUGAAGUCGGGCGAGCAGGGGAGAGGCUCUGUUCUGCCUCCCAACAUCGGAUAUGUUCAGUAAUUUGAAAUUGAAAUCUCCACCAUGUCAACUAAGUGAACUUUUAUUUGUAACUUUGAAAAUUUAAGUAAAGUGGCACUUUGGGUGUCUUUUGAACCUUACA